AUGUCUAUGAGCGAUGUUGAUCAUUUAUCAUCAGGUUUCAACCAAAAGGGUGAAGUUGUCAAGGGGAGGUACUCUAAUCAAGAAUCAAAACAAUUACGCUCUAGUUCGGGUGGCAAUCAACGCAUUCCAUCACACUGGUUUUGGGGUGACCAAAUUGCAAGAAACAGUGUGUUACUUCAUAGGCGUCCUAAUGUUGGUGGCUUAAGCGGCCUACUGACAUCCCUGUCGCAGGGACAAUAUAGGGGGCACGGCGGUCAUGCCUGCUAUUCAGUGUUGGGGGAUAAAGAAGUAAUGGCUAAGAGUGCGGAAGCCGAGGUGGAGAAAAUGAAACUUUUAGAAGAAAGGAUCAAAGCACCGUCGAUUUGGGGCAGACUUCCAUGCGGUUUACGCUUUGAAGAUCUACAAGAUAGACGUUACGAAGACGCUGUGAGAUUCUUAAAAAAACAUUUCUUACAAGAAGAGUCGCGCUUAUUAUCUCUGCCGCGCCUUUCUCGGUGUGCGCUGCGCCUUAUGGAGCGAUUACAUUUGGUCGUUAGCUCGAAUACGAGUGUCAAUGGAAUUCGGAUAACAUACAGAUCAGUGAAGUUAGUUGAAGAUACGGAAGGGGCGGAUGAGUUUGUUCACAAUGUGAGGAUAUGGAUGAAAGACAAGAUGUCCAUAGCAGCUGUGAAGGAAGGCACUGAUAAACUAGUUGGAGUUCUAAUAAUGAGGAUACAGGAAAAGAAUGCAUUUACGCGUACAUUUAGCCGCGUGAAACUUACUCACAACCCGCUGUAUACUACAAUCAUGAAGUUCUACAAUGAGGUGGAAAAUCCCGUGGACAUUUUCGAAAAACUUGGCGUCAGGAAAUAUUUUAAAGUUUACAUCCUUGCUUUGAAACAGAGGUACAGACAUAGAGGUAUAGCUAAAGAGAUGUUGAAGGCAGCGAUCCCUCUUGCAGCAAGUGCGAACGUGCCAGCAAUCGCUGGAAUAUUCACCACCGCAAGGAGUCAGCAGAUCGCCGAAGAGAUCGACUUCGAGAAACUUCACGAAAUAUACUACAUUAGAUACCUCAUCGAUGAGCAGAUUGGCUCCGCCAAGUUCUUGCUCGAUGCUUUGGAUAGGUUACAGCGGCGCGCGAUCCGCAUCAUAGGCAAUCAGGCGGUGACUAAACACCUCGAACCUCUUCAAUUACGCCGUGACGUGGUGUCACUAAGCGCGUUCUAUCGCCUGUACCACGGCGAGGUGAGGAUGGCUGGUGUGGCAGGUAGAAGUGCUGUAUCAGCUAUCUUCGCGUCUGGACUUCACCUUCACUUAACAUCAGGUGAGGUGGAGUCAUUUGUUGGACCUAUCUAUAAAAAAAAAAACAAAAACCUACGUAAAUAUAAAGUGGUGUUCUGGGACACGGGUCUUGGUAACUACAGCGCAGCACUGAUGGCAUAUCGAAUACCGGAGAUCGAGGAGGCAGUUGAGAUCAAACAACAUGGGUCCUCUAGGUUCAAUGUACAACCUUUAGAUGACGAAGAAAAAAUACCUGAAUAAUAUACUU